GUUGACUUCCACAAUCCCUGAAAUAGGGAUACAUCCUCCACAGGAAGCGUAUAUAUAUCUUGCUUGGCAAUAGCAUCACUCAUACAGAGCCAUGAAAGUAUGUAACUGAGAUUGUGAUAGCUCUGGAGAGACUGGUUGAUCUCUGUUGGCGGUUUUGAGGGCACUGUGACGGACUUCUCAUGUACCCUCCUUCACCUUAGGGCUUUACCAUGAGGCUUAGGACCCAAUCCAUCUUCAACCCACUCCCAACGCCGCAUUUGCAUGGCGGCCAACUCUACGAUCGCAAUACAAGUUCUAGAAAAGACUGGCGUGCAGCCUCAACAUAAGGCCCACAAAUACCCACAACCAUAAUUACUAACCAACGAUGGCUUCAUGGUAACCAACGUGAUAAAACUUCCGAUAACAACAGCGAGAAUCGGCAAUUCUAUGAUUUGCUACAGCCUCUAGCUCCCCACAAGGUUCAGUUGACAGUUCGAUAGGCCCCACGGCAAGAGCGCCGGAUACUCUAUCGGCAUACUGACCGCGUAGCUAAGCGGGUGGAAACCAUUCAUUACCGACUUCCCACAUUUUCCUUCCCGCUUCCCGUCCAGCUUCCGCAUGGGACUCCCGCCUCUGGCCCGAGUAAGAACUAAGAGGACCCUGACCAUGAUGAAUCGUGCUUGGCAGUCCGAUGACCUAUGCCGCUGGGCAUCUCUUUGCCGGGAUGUUUUCCGCGGCUAUGGCUCCGAGGGCUUGUUGGGGGUUGAUCAUUUAGAAUUAGACUCGGUAACUGUAUCUAGGCCUGCCGAGAUUUGUAUGCAAUUUUCUAUUAGUGUUUUCUGAUAGGAUGUGUCGACUUGUAUCCGCACAGCUUAGCCACGUAAACGAUAUUUUCUGAACUCGUACAGCCCAAAAUACAGAAGUCGAUCCUUUGUCAUUUGGCGGUUUAGUAACGGUUGGCUAAUAGAAAGUGGGCCUCAUCCCCAGUCAUAUAUGAUGCCAAAGGAAAUAAUCCGCUUCAAUAUUGGCAGUUAAACAUAACACUACACUUUCUUUUCGGGGAAUACCAAUCUAUCUAGACAGGCAGUGUAGGUAGAGUUACAGAUCGCACAUUGGGAACACUUAUUGUAUACAUCGGUGAGGAUCUUUUGAGAAAGCUGGGAUGCCCGUACUGUGUGGUAUGAAACGUAGUAAUCACUAACCCCGAAUAAGUAUACCAUCUAUACCGGAGAACAGUUGUCCGGAUUCUUGUGCCAUACAAUAUAUUGCCUUUCGGCUGACCCGUAAAAGGGUCUAAUCCUAUGUAGUCAAUUUCUU